ACUUUGCCUAAGGUUAGUCGUUCAAAUUGAAGAACUAACCUUAGGCAGAAAAGUUAGGUAAAGUGUGGCAAGUUAGGCAGGGAACCAAACAUGCCCUAGUUCUUCAAUUCGAACACCUAAUCUUAGACAAAGUGUAACACAUUUAGCCACGAACCAAACAGCCCCAGUAACAGGAAAGGUCAGGCGUAACAUCAACUGUUAGCAUGGACGUCGCUGAGAUCUGAGACAACUCGUAGGAAAUUUACAGAAUUACAGCCAUAGGCAUAGGCUAGUCCCACAAGUUGUGUUUGGCUCUCAAUGUACAGUAUGUUACUAUCAGUUUCACAUUCAAAUUCAUCACGACUUCAGUAUGUAGCAAAUGCUCUUGGACUUGCGAACGACGCUUCAAAUUUCAAAAAUACCAAUUCUUCUUCUUUUUUUCUUGUACUCCGUCGUACCUACCUUUUUGCCCAUUUCACGAGGCUCCGCUCGGCGCUCCUGACACCAUCGGCCAUCGCGCUUCGCGCCCGCAACUGCUCGACCGAGCCGGGACCGGGCGGCGCCCGUUCGUUGCGUAUCCCGCAAGUUGGCCGGCCUCCCUCCGCCUUGGGAGGGGAAAGCGGAGGAGGAAGAGGGAGCCAAGCGGUCAAGCCGGCUCGGCCGAUCGCCUCCCACCAAAAUACCCCCGAAUCCCCAUCCCCAAGCAACACCCAGAAAAGGCGACAAGUGCCGAGGUCUGGGGAGCGAUGGUUGUGCGGCGGCUGGGCGGCACGGGGCGCGCGCUGCUCACGCUCCCCAACAUCCGGAGGCGGGCGUCCAACUCCUGGGCCGCCGUCUGCGACACCUUCUUCUCCACCAAGGUGACGACUGACAACCUCUCCCCAUGUGUCCCUAUCGCCCCUGAUGUGAUUUUGCUUGAUCCGCUGACCCGCAGCAAGUGUUCGAGAGCCACCGCAUCGUCUUCACCGUCGGCACCUCAAUCGCCUCCGUCCUCACGGCUUGGGCCGGUUAUUCACUUCGCCAUGUGCAACAAUUAAAGAUUGAAAGGAGGCUUGAGUCAAUUGAAUCAUCUCUGAAGGAUAACCACAAAGUUGAACAUGAAGAGAUAAAAAAGAUCGUCACUUCCAGCAAUAUUAGCGCUCCAGGCUGUGUAGCCACGGCGAUGACCACAAUGGUUGUUGGGUACGCGUUAGGCUGGCGAGGCGGUGCUUGGUACGCUCGAAGGGCCUUCAGAAGAGAGCAGCAAAAGCUGAUGAUGGGUCACAUGAAGUCGUCACAGAACAGGUGGCACUGGCGGCCCUUCAACAGGCUCAGGAACAGCAGGUUAACCGCCUCCAAGAACAAGAGCACCGAUGCCCUCUCAACCUCACGCAGCGGGGCCUCUGCGAACGUUGGCAGCGCAGCGGGCAGUGCUUGAGCUAUACGCAUAAUGGACUAGGAUGUGGACUUAGGGCGCGUAGUAGUCCAUACAACUUUACUACGUAGAACAGAUCAUGUGACUGGUAGGUACGCAGAUUGAUCUACAUGCGCGCAGUGGAUCAUUUUUUUGUGUAGUAUAUUAAGGUCAUAAUGCACCCAACUGCAUGCAUGGAACAACUGACUGACGAUAGGAUUGAGUUGAGACAGCCAUAUGGUGGCAGAUCGUUUGACUUCCCGUGAUACUACUAGUCUACUACUAGUUUGAUGAAGGGUCUAGUGUGCUUCGCGCUGGCGAGUGCUCGCAAAGUACAUCCACUAGCGAGCAGUGAAAAAGAGAUCCACUAGUGAUAAAGGAGCGGAGCGCAUCGUGACACGGCAGGAAAUCAAUCAGGCGCCGCGAUCGGCACCGGAGUCUAUCCAUCAAUCCUGUAUAUUUUUUUCUCUCCUCGUGGUCGCCAGCACUGCCGUGCCGAGCCGGAGGCCGAGCUCGGCAGCUGCCCGCCUCGGUGUGUCGCCGCCGCACCCCACCCACGUAGCAAAAGCCGUCUUCCCGUACCGUAGGCAGCGGCAAACAGCGCCCCCUCAUCACUCGGUCUCGUUCCCUCCUCUCCAACUUCACUCGCGUCGCGCCCCUCCACUGCACCAGCGUCAUGGCGGUGGCCUCGACCUCGCCGCUGUCCGCCAAGCCCGCCACGGCCCCUUCGCCGCCCGCUCCCGGAUCCGGGCUCCUCGCUCUCGGCGUUCGCCGCGCCCCCGCCACUGCCGCGUGGAGGAGGCUCCGCGUGGAGGCGAUCAGGACGCAGCGAACGGAGGUGCCCGUCGAGGAGUCCGCCCCCGCCAGGGACGCCGCCGCUGCCGCGCCCCUGGACGGAAACGGAGCCGGAGCGGACGGCUCCGUGGUUCCUUCCUCGGACGACAGCUGGGUUGUCAAGCUCGAGCAGUCGUUCAACAUUUUCGCCACGGAUUCGGUGAUUAUGGUACUCAAGGGCGUGUACGGUGAUCGGUACUACGCCAGGUUCUUUGCGCUGGAGACGAUUGCGAGGGUGCCGUACUUCGCAUUCAUAUCGGUGCUUCACUUGUAUGCGACCUUUGGAUGGUGGAGACGAGCUGAUUACAUAAAGGUUCACUUUGCGCAGAGCUGGAACGAGUUCCAUCACCUCUUGAUCAUGGAAGAAUUGGGUGGCGACUCUUUGUGGUUUGACUGUUUUCUUGCUCGGUUUAUGGCAUUCUUUUACUACUUCAUGACUGUUGCAAUGUACAUGCUGAGCCCACGAAUGGCAUAUCACUUUUCCGAAUGUGUGGAGAGACAUGCAUAUUCCACCUAUGAUGAGUUCCUCAAGCUCCAUGAAGAGGAAUUGAAAAGACUACCAGCUCCAGAGGCAGCAUUGAACUAUUACAUGAAUGAGGACCUUUACUUAUUCGAUGAGUUUCAGGCAUCAAGAACUCCAGGUUCUAGGAGGCCUAAAAUAGAUAACUUAUACGAUGUAUUCGUUAAUAUACGAGAAGAUGAGGCAGAGCACUGCAAGACAAUGAAGACCUGUCAAACACAUGGAAAUCUUCGUUCUCCUCAUUCAACGCCGAACUGCUUAGAAGAUGAUACGGAAUGUGUAAUACCUGAAAACGACUGUGAAGGUAUUGUGGACUGUGUCAAAAAGUCCCUUACAAAGUAAAUAGACUAUAUUCUUUAAUGUGUUUGACUGUUUUCAGGUGUCGUAGUAUACAAAGUAUAAAAUUUUGAUGAUAUC